ACAAACACAAGGAGGAGCGUUUGGUUUCCCUGGCAGCGAGAGGAUGAGGAGGAGCUUUGGUUGGUUGUUACUCUGCCACAUAGUCAAACAACAGAGAACCGUCUGUGACUGCGGUUAGAAGAGGCCCCGUGGCCAUGGCUACAGACCCAUUAGCUGAGGCAGGCUUUUAUUUUGAUGAACUCAACAAGCUGCGAGUGUUGGAGCCUGAUGUCAGCCAGAAGACUUCAGAGCUCAAAGAAGAGUGCAAAGAGUUUGUGGACAAAAUUGGCCAGUUUCAGAAGAUAGUGGGAGGUCUGAUUGAGCUCGUGGAUGAACUGGCAAAAGAAGCAGAGACAGAAAAGAUGAAGGCCAUUGGAGCCAGAAACCUGCUGACGUCUGUAGCAAAGCAAAGAGAGGCCCAGCAGCAGCAGCUUCAGGCUCUCAUAGCAGAGAAGAAGAUGCAGCUUGAAAGAUAUCGUAUAGAGUACGAAGCUUUGUCCAAAGUGGAGUCAGAGCAGAACGAGUUCAUCGACCAGUUUAUUCUCCAGAAGUAAGAACUCCCGAGACCAAACAAUCUGCGACUUUCCUCAGUGCCUAUCCCAUUUUCAGAGAACUACUCCGCUGCAGCUCCUUUUCCGAAGCAGUCCCAAAACUCUGACGUCACGGACGCCUCCUCCUCUGACGUGCUGCGUGUGAACUGACUGCCUGCUGUUUCCCACUGUGGACAGCAGGUGUGUGCAUUUACAGUGCAGCGAGCUUCACGUGCUCAUCUCUGCUGGCAUUAAGUGUCUCAACAUGUCACACCAACACUGAAGACGAUGGAGCUAUUUAUACAAAGAGAACCUAUUUAUACUAUUUAUACUUUAGUCUGUAUAUCUAGUUUUAUUACUUUUUGUAUCAAUGGAGAUUAAUAGUGCAUGUGCAUGUAGCUGUAAAUAAGUUUCAGUUCAAGAAAAAUGAGCAGAUCAGGAUGUUUUUGUUUUAUUCCAUUGGUUGGUGAGGCCAGUACAUAAAAAACAUUCUCCUUGUUUUCUCGUAUGUGUAUCCUUGUUAUCCAGCAUUCAUUUGAGAAAAAUGGUUAUACUUGAAUACUGUAUGUUGCACAAAAGUAUCACCUUUGCCUCCAAGCUGUAGAAGAGAUGUGUGAGCAAAGUUUAACAAUGUGCAAUUAAGUAUUGUGUUAAUAAAGAUUACUUGAUAUGCAAAUAUUCUGGCAUUGUUUUACCUCACAUAGGGAAGAACAUUCAAAGCAUGUCACGAGCCUAAAACUGCAGAGGGCAGUUCACGUGUGCUUUUAUAUACUGUAGGCCUACGGAUGGAGUCACCUGAACUCCUUCCUGGUUGUGAUAAACUGUGGCUGAAAUCUGAUCUCGAGUCAGUUCUUUUUCUUUCAGUACUUAAAUAGCAACACUUGAAAAUCCUCAUUUACUAAAAGAAAAGAGAAAUAUCUUUGCUUCUCUUCGCCUGCGAUCCUGGAUCGGACACCCUCCACUGAUGCAACAUGAGAGCAGCUUUUCUAUUCGUCCAACCACCGACUAGACAUUGACCUGCAAAUCUGCUGAAACAGGCCUUUAGGAUCUAACCCAGGAAGUCUGAAAGGGCAGCCUGACAGCUAAAGUACACUUUGAAUGAUUUUCUUUCAGGUGAUUAACAUUGAUUUUGUUGUUGACACCAUCAAUAGGAGUUCAUUAUAUUACACUGUCUGCUUUUUCAAACGUGUCCAUCACCACUGUGUGCAGUACACUGACCGUA